AUGAUGGGUAUAGCUGCAGUUUUCAUUGCGAUGCCAAGCCGAUACGGUCGACCUGUGAUCUGUCGCAAGCUUGUCUAUUCUCGGCCAACAGAUCGUCCGCCACACAUGGAGAUGUGUAAUGACGUGGAAGAUGGACCAUUCGAAACUUCGUAUUGGCCUCAACUGCUGGCUCGACGUUCCGUUAUUCGUUCCGCACUCGUCUCCUCCUUUAUGUUGUUAUCAUAUGAUUGUGAGAAGAGAUGUUUCAUGCGAUAA